AUGGUCGCAAACAUCGAUGGGAAUGCAAAGUGUUCCCACGGUGACGUACCGAUAGCGUCGGGGCCCUCCACGAUGGCAUGGAUUCCGCCAUCCGAAGAGCCUGAGAGGCCUCCGUUGACCUCACACCAGUCGAAUUCCCUUCCUUCAACUCCGUACCAGCAUGCGCGCAACCUCUCUUUUCACUCGCGGUCGCCGUCCCCCGCCCGCGGAAGCACUUCUCCUCGAUCCACACAUUCGGAAGCGACGCAUAUGCCGCGAAAACCCCACGGGGUCUGCAAAUAUGAGACUGCCAUGGCCUACUUCCGGAGGCGCAUACCGUAUAGCUUGGGAGCAGACGUUUUGCCAGAAGAGAAGGAAGGGUUGAAGGAGCAGCUUGAUCCCAAGGAGGAGAAAAAACUAUCGGCUGACAUCAUGGACCUGUACGAUCGAUUAUUACCCUCGGCUGAGAGCGACGAUCGACGAAGACAACUGGUUCGAAAAUUGGAGAAGCUGUUCAACGAUCAAUGGCCUGGUCAUGACAUCAAAGCAAAUAUUUUUGGUUCAUCGGGAAACAAGCUCUGCUCUAGCGACUCGGAUGUGGAUAUCUGUAUCACCACCAAUUACAAAGCGCUGGAACAUGUCUGUUGCUUGGCUGAUGUGUUGGCGAAACACGGGAUGCAAAGGGUGGUGUGUGUAUCACAUGCCAAGGUCCCCAUUGUCAAGAUUUGGGACCCGGAGCUUCGAUUGGCCUGCGACAUGAAUGUCAAUAACACCCUGGCAUUAGAAAACACGCGCAUGAUCAGAACUUAUGUCGAAGUGGACGAGCGCGUGAGACCAUUGGCCAUGAUCGUGAAACAUUGGACAAAACGGCGGAUUCUGAACGAUGCGGCACUUGGCGGCACUUUAAGCUCCUACACGUGGAUCUGUCUUAUUAUUAAUUUCCUUCAGACACGGAGUCCACCCAUCCUUCCCAGCUUGCAAGCAAGACCGCACGAAAAGCGACUCACCGAGGAUGGUUUGGUCUGUUCAUUUGACGACGACAUCAAGACCCUUUCUCAAUUUGGUCGCUACAACAAACAAUCAGUGGGCGAGUUGCUCUUUCAGUUUUUCCGAUACUACGGUCACGAACUUGAUUACGAAACGAAUGUCAUCUCUGUCCGCGAAGGCAAUUUGACCAACAAAGUCGCCAAGGGCUGGCACCUGCUCAUGAACAACCGACUUUGCGUUGAAGAGCCUUUCAACACGAUACGAAAUCUGGGAAAUACGGCUGAUGAUACCUCAUUCCGAGGCUUGCAUUUGGAGUUGCGCCGGGCGUUCAAGUCUGUGGCAAAGGGUGACUUGGAAGAGGCUUGUGAACAGUUCGAGUUCCCAGUAGAAGAGGAGCGAACCUGGGAACGACCCAGACCCCAACCACGACCAACUCUUACCCCGUCCCUUCCAACGCGUGGCGGACGCGGGGGCAACCGCGGAGGCAGAUACAACAAUCAACCCCCACGCGGCGGGCUAGCUGGUGGGAGACGGCAGUCGAAUACCGGAACCAAUGGAAGUAAAAUAACUCUGCGGCAGCCGAACACAGGGAAUGCGACGGAUAUGUCCUUGCAAGCACAGCAACAGGCGCAGUAUCUUUUGCAUGAUCAAUUAUAUCAACAAAUUCAGCUCCUGCAGGCGCAGGAGCAAGAGCUGCGCAUGCAAUUGCACAACCAGGCCGUGAUUACUGGGCGGCCGCCCCCUGUUUUCAUCCGCCAACCUUUUAUCCAAUUCCCGGUCCCGCAGCAGCAGGAAUUCUCCGAUGAGACCCCACGGUCCAGAUCAGGAACUGCCAGCCAUGCAACCCUCAGCCCAACACAGCGACAGCAACCAAUUUACAAUCCCAGCUACGCCUCGGUGGGAGCCGGCACCCAAGCAAGCACCGCCAUCAAUCCUCCUUCUCCAUCUGCUGCCAGCACCAUGCCUGAUACUCGCCGUGACUCCCGAAGAUUAUCGGCCGCCAACGGCUCUCCAAAAUCCCUUCGGGCUCACUCGCAACCUGCACGACCGCUGAACUCGCCUUCUCUUCCGAAUUACAUUCCUCUGUACACCAUGCCGCAAUCUGUGGAGAAUUGGCCUGCACCAAGACCUGCCACCGAGUCGUCCGAAGGUGGUGAGGGGAGUGGGGAUGAGAACGCAAUCCGAUCAAACAGCCUUGCCAGCAACGGAUCUCGCUCAGACUCUGUUGAUGAACAUCGACCCCAGGAAGUUUUCAAUUAUUACUUGACUCCUCAGCAGGUGCAGGCCUUCGAGCAAGCCAAUCCACAGUACUUUGUGGGAUAUCCUAGCGGAUUUUCACAAGUGAAUGGAAAGUAUCAACAAGAAUCAUUUUCGUCCGAAACCAAUGGAUCUACGCAUACUGCUUCGAAGCCUCCAUCGCAACCCCAACAGGCGGCUGCGCGUCCAGCCAUGACUGGUCCUUUGGUCAUUGAUGGCUCAGUACGCCCGAGUGAGCCCCGUACUUCAGAAUACCCUCCUGUUCUUGAUCCCUUCUCUGCCGUCGGUCAAUGGGCCUCCCGGUCACCAGAUGACCACAUCAACACCCCUGCCAGCUUUUCAGAUACCCUGUCUCAGGAUUACCAAGAUUCCGGAUCCUUUGAGUUGGAACAUCCUGUUGUGACCCCACGGUCAUCAACCGACAGCCAAAAGGUGAACGGCACAAACGGUAUACAUUUGGAAAAGCAACCGGACACAAAUGGCCAGACAGAGCUCCUGGCCAGCCGACUGCAGAACUACCACUUGUCGAAUUCCGAAAAGCUAGCCCAGCCCACCAAGCCCGCUGCAGACCGACCAAGAACCAUAGCCCCGACAGCAAAGGAGCCUCAGCCUAAGAACUCUCAAACCGACAAGUCUUCAAAUGAGAAUCGGCACCAACCGAGCAAUCCCAAGCGGCGUGCAAAUGGCGAGACCGAGAAAUUGAAUGGCACCAACGGCAAAGCCAAACCCAAGAGCCAAGGCCGUGACGCAUCUCACAAUCCCACCAAGGGCGAUCAAUCUCGGAAACAGGCCAGUGACCAUGGAUGGCAGACUACCAAGAAAAAGAAUCGUAAAAACACCAAGUCUGAACCCCGUGCCAACCCCGAGCCUAUCCCCGUCGACGAUUCCUUGCGCAAAGGCGGUUGA